UUGUUCACACAUCAAACUCUCAAACACAAGCUGCUGUCUUUUUAAAUUCAUUUUAGUCCAUUUAAUUUUUUUUACCAAUUUAAAUAUGUCUGGUUUUGAUGAUCUUGGUGUUUAUUUUAGUGGUAAUAUUGUCACUGAUGAAGAUGGUGAUAAUAAUAUUGGUGAAUCGAAUGUUAAUGCUAUUCGUCGACGAUUUAAAGAUUUUCUUCGACAAUUUCAUUCAGGCGAUUUUCAAUAUAAAUAUCGUAAUCAAUUAAAAGAACAUUAUAAUAUUGAACAAUAUUGGAUUGAAGUUUCAUUGGAUGAUUUGGCCAGUUAUGAUGAAGAAUUAGCUGAUCGUGUUAAUAAAUCUCCAAUUAAUUAUUUAAAAAUAUUUGAAACUUGUGCUACUGAAUUGGCCGAUGAAAUAACUCGACCCAGAGUAGAUGAAGAAAAUGUUAAACCAAUUCAAGUUGUUCUUAGUUCGGAUGCUAAUCCAACUUCAUUACGUGAAGUAAAAUCCGAUACUAUUUCCAAACUUGUCAAAGUACCUGGCAUUAUUGUUUCAGCAUCAAAUGUACGAUCUAAAGCAACCAAAGUAUCACUUCAAUGUCGUGGUUGUCAAGAAAUAAUCAAAGAUGUUAAUAUUAAUCCUGGUCUUGAAGGCUAUCUUUUACCUAGAAAAUGUAACACCGAUCAAACUGGACGUUUAAACAAAUGUCCUAUUGAUCCAUAUUUCAUAGUUCCAGAUAAAUGUGAAUGUAUUGAUUAUCAAGUUUUAAAACUUCAAGAAACACCUGAAUCAGUACCGCAUGGUGAAAUGCCCAGACAUUUGCAACUAUUUUGUGAUCGUUAUCUAUGCGACAAAGUUGUACCAGGCAAUCGAGUAACAGUUUUGGGAAUUUUUUCCAUCAAAAAAAUUUCCAAACCAUCCACCAACAAUGUCGAAUCAAAAGUCAAUGUUGGUAUACGUGCACCAUAUUUGCGUGUACUAGGCAUUUAUGUGGAAAAUGAAGGACCAGGACGUUCGGGAAAUAUUCCAUACACACCUGAAGAUGAAGAACUUUUUCGUCAUUUAGCCAAUUCACCAAAUAUUUUCGAAAGAAUAACUAAUUCAAUUGCUCCAUCGAUUUUUGGUUCGAAUGAUAUAAAAAAAGCUUUAGCAUGUCUUUUGUUUGGUGGUUCACGAAAACGUUUACCUGAUGGUUUGACUCGUAGAGGCGAUAUUAAUAUUUUGCUUCUUGGUGAUCCGGGAACAGCUAAAAGUCAACUUUUAAAAUUUGUCGAAAACAUUUCUCCAAUCGGUGUGUAUACAUCGGGAAAAGGAAGUAGUGCUGCCGGUUUGACUGCUUCAGUGAUUCGUGAUCCAUCAUCCAGAAAUUUUGUUAUGGAAGGUGGUGCUAUGGUUUUGGCCGAUGGUGGUGUAGUUUGUAUUGAUGAAUUUGAUAAAAUGCGUGAAGAUGAUCGUGUUGCUAUUCAUGAGGCUAUGGAACAACAAACAAUUUCCAUUGCUAAAGCUGGCAUAACAACUACGUUAAAUUCAAGAUGUGCAGUCUUAGCAGCUGCAAACAGUGUCUUUGGACGAUGGGAUGACACAAAAGCCGAUCAAAAUAUUGAUUUUAUGCCAACAAUUUUAUCACGUUUUGAUAUGAUUUUCAUUGUCAAAGAUGAACAUAAUGAACGAAGAGAUGCUACAAUUGCAAGCCAUGUUUUAGAUGUACACAUGAAUGCUCAGAAAACAAUCGAUGAUUCGGUUAAAGGUGAAUUAAGUUUAUUACUUUUGAAAAAAUACAUUGCUUAUUGUCGAUCUCAUUGUGGACCUCGAUUAUCUGCAGCAGCUGCUGAAAAACUUAAACGUCAAUAUGUAGUAAUGCGAAAUGGUAGUCGAGAACAUGAACAAGAAUCUUUGAAAAAAUCACCUAUUCCAAUCACUAUUCGACAAUUAGAAGCUAUUGUACGUAUAUCGGAAAGUUUGGCUAAAAUGCAACUUCAACCAUUUGUCAAUGAAACUCAUGUGGAUGAAGCACUUCGAUUGUUUCGAGUAUCUACAUUGGCUGCAGCAAUGUCAGGAGAUUUAUCCGGUGCUGAAGGUUUUACUACUGAAGAAGAACAUCAAAAAUUGAUUCGUAUUGAAAAACAACUUAAACGUCGUUUUCCAGUUGGAACACAAAUUUCCGAACAAAGUAUUAUACAAGAUCUUGUUAAACAAAAUUUUGGUCCACAACUUGUAUCCAAAGUUAUUUAUUGUAUGAUUCGAAAAGGAGAAUUACAACCACGAAUGCAACGAAAAAUGUUGUAUAGAUUGAAAUGAAAAUUAUCAAAAUUUAAUCAAUCAAUGGAUA